AUGGGGCUUCUUCUGUCUGCAAGUAUUUCACCCAAACCCUCUCUGCCCAUACAGUGGGCUAAUGUGUGUAACAUGGACUCUGAUGGUGAUGGAAUGACCAAUGGUCAGGAACUGGGUGACCCCCAGUGCAUCUGGACACCUGGAGCCACGCCCACAAGGACCGCUGGUCUCACUCACCCAGGAGUCCAGAAACGGAUUCUGAGGUUUCCACUUACAGCAAUACCCGACAAUGAAACCACCUACAGGUGCAUGACCUUUGACCUGGAUGAAUCACAAGAUUACCACAUGAUUGCCACCAAACCGGAAAUUGACAACUUUCACAUCACGCACCACAUGCUGUUGUAUGGCUGUCAUGAUGGCGCGCCCGUCAUUGCCCGCCCUGAAGACUGUGGGCUGUUUUCUCCUGUUUGCCCGGACAUAAUCGCCUUCUGGGGUGUAGGUAUACCUGGUCAGUGUCUCUACAAAGAAACUGGCUUCAGAAUUGGCAAAACUGGCUACAAGAGGGUCCUGCUUGAGCUUCACUGGAACAAUCCCAAAAAGAUAUCCGGACAGAUGGACGCCUCAGGCUUCAGCAUCUUCUACACCCCCAACCUUCGCCCUUACGACGCGGGCGUCCUUACGACAGGUGAAACCAACCUUGUGAUCCCACCUGGACGGAGCCGGACCGUGUUCGAAUCUGUGUGUACAUCAAGGUGUACCAAGAAGAUCCUGAGAGACACCAUAUACUUAAUCGAGGGAUACGACCAUAUGCAUUCUAAAGAGUGA